GUGGGAACAAGGUCAUUUAAUCAGCUGAUACAAACGAGUUACGGCAGACGGCAGCCCUCUGACUCACGCAUGCGUAGUGACAAUCUCUCAGAAUUUAUAACAAAAUAUUCUAGAGAAAUGUAAAAGCGGUUGAUGAAUGUAACCGCAGAAUUCUUAAACACGGUCUACAGAAGCGGGUCACUGGCUCGGAAUUUCGCAUGUCAGCGACGUGUUGUUGGCACAUUUUUGCAAAGGAAAUUGUAUGUUUCCAUAGCGCUAAGUAUCGGGGUGGUUGCCAGAAAUAAAGCUGCAGUGCAGUAGUGAGCUUGCAGCGGCAGACUGCGGUGUGCUGGCUCACCAUUCAUUGUGAUGGCGGGAGGUCGAUACGUCGCCAGUGUCGCCGCGCCUUCUGUGGUGCGCGGUCGUAAUUUGCCGGCUGUCGGUCCGCGCCGCUCGUCUGACAUUUGUGAGCACUGCGCAACCGACUGAUAUCGACAGUGAAGCCUUUAUUUAUAAACAAAUUGUAAUUACUUGUGCUUUUAAUUAUUUUAUAACGCCAGUUUCAUUCAUGAUCAAAAGUUUCAAUACUUUGUUUAGUUAUGAUAGUGAAAUUAAAGACGAUACAGUAUUUAUUUGAUGUUUUACGUGAAAGCGCACGUGACGACAGACAGUAUUACAUAAAUAUUAAAUAAUAUGGACACAAAUUUAUUUGUGAGCCGAAUGAGCAAUACCGCAGUGAACUCAAGAAGAAACAAAUGAAUUGCGCUAAAACAAUUGGAAUCAAAAUCAUUGUUACUUAGUUUUAACAUGGCGGUAGGUCGUAGAAACGUCAGUAUGAUGCGGCUAGGACGCUGCAUCGCCUUCCUCGCUGCUGCAGCAUUCCUCCUGCCUUUCACCAUUCUGCUUAUGGUGGCAGACCAGCAGUACAACCUCAGCUACAGCUCCAAACGAGUCUUCUAUCAAGAGAGCGACUUCUAUAAAAUUAAUGGAACAUAUUACGCGCCUUUAACUUCAACUAAUCCGACCAGGACUAAGUAUAUCUUCGAGAAUGGGUCUAGAGAAGAUGGUCUAUUGACAAGGGAGAAGUUUAUGGAAGUGAAUGCGAGGAUGGAAUCCCGACGUGAAUUCUUGAAGACAGAAUGCAGCAGACUUGGGCUCGAUACUUCCAGUCAUAAGUCGAAUGCCUGGGAGUAUCUUAUAAAUAGACAAUAUCAUGUUAUAUGGUGUAACAUAUUCAAAGCAGCUUCCACCUCAUGGAUGUACAACUUUAACUUAAUGGCGAACUAUUCGGCAGCAUUUUUGGACAAAACAAAAGAAGUACCCUUGCAACUGGCUAGAAGAAAAUAUGCGAGGCCAACUGCAGAGAUGAUCAAGAAGGCCCAAGGGGAUUCUAUAACAUUCCUCAUCGUACGACAUCCUUUGGAAAGAUUAGCGUCCGCGUAUAACGAUAAGAUCGUACACGCGUGGCCCAAGUCUUUCCAUGAUAAACUUGGGCAUAGGAUUGUUAAGAAAUAUAGAAAGCCGGCAGACAAGACCCGGACAGAGAAGUAUCCAGUUUUCGAAGAGUUUGUAUCGUAUGUGUUAGACGAGGCGAAGGCGAAAAGGUCUCUCGACAUGCACUGGACACCGUACACCACUUUCUGCACGCCUUGCAAGUUCAACUUCGAUGUCAUUCUCAAGUUUGAGACGCUAGAUGAGGACCAAAAGUUCCUGAUCCAGUUGGCUCAUCUCCAAGACAUCGUGAAGCCUGAAUGGAAGAAUAGCGGGAAGGGCAACACAGCUACCGUGCAUAUCAUCAGCAAUCUGUACGCGAGGCUCAACAGACGCCAGCUAGACGGCCUCUACGAUUUGUAUAAGGACGACUUCCGGCUGUUCGGCUACUCCAUAGACAGCUAUUACGACAUGAUUGACAAAGAAAAAGUAAGCAGCCACGGAUGAACCGUCAAAAAUUCGAUUUGAACGCUUCAAGAUAAUGUAUCAUUAACGCAGCAAAGGAUCGAAGGCUGAUGAAUGAAGAAUGAAUUAUUCAUCAAUGGCUGGAAAGACUGAUCGCAACACACUAAUGAUUGAUGGACAUUCUAUUGAUCCACCGGCCGAGUGAAAACUUGCCCCUUGCGUCAAUUUUCAAAUUUGUUAUCGCUGCAAAUAUAUAUUUUGUGAUAUGGCGUCUCGUAGUUCCGUUUCCGCACUAUAGACAAUAGUCAUAGAGUAAGGAUACUUUUUUAUUAACUGGCAAACUUCAAACUUGAUGAUUUUCUGACACCAAUACGUCAGUUGAACGUUGUGAAAAUAAGAUAAAUGUUCCAGAUAACAUAUUUAGUCGGCAACGAACGGUUUAAAGUAUCAAUUUGUACUGGUCUUAAGUUAUGGUUAUGGCCCCUCAUCAAUCACCUUGUUAGUUUUAAUGUAAGAGUUAAGAUAACGAAAUUACGAACUGUUGAGCUAAUCAAAAUUAUACGUAGUCGUAAUAGCUGAAUUUAGUUGUUAUUGGAGCAUAGGACAAAAAAUGUAAAUAUUGUUUUAGUUUUAUAAUGCAAACAAAAUUCCUUAGUGCUUCCAUUAUAGAAUUAUGGAAUGUAUGUACCUAUAUGAGAAACGAAGUCACUAAAUAGGGUUCUAUAGUUUUAGUUUUCGGCAUUUAAGUUUUAUAAACAAGCUCGCUUGUUUACUUUGCAACUUUAAAAAGAAGUGGCA